AUGGCUGCUAUUACCGAUGCAUCGGCUUUCGAGAGAAAUAGGGGAUGGUACCAGACCGACUUGAUCGAAGUCAAUGAACCUUUUCACCAACUUCUCGAGCAAUACUCCAAGAUACCUGGUUCUGACAUCGUCGAUCACGUAAAAAGAAUACGUGAUAGAGCUUUUGAAUCCAGUCCCUAUCCAUGCAUUGGCCUCUUCCGGUUUACCAACCUCACUUUAAUCACUCACCCUCUCUAUGAAAAGAUCGUUGGUCUUCUAAAAUCGGAAUCGACGGAAACCGCCUACUUGGAUAUAGGCUGCUGUUUCGGGCAGGAUUUACGCCGGUUGGUUUUCGACGGAGUUCCUUCUAAACGUCUUGUGGGCCUCGACAUCGAAAGGUCUCUGCUAGAACUUGGAUAUGAUCUUUUUCUCGACCGGGAGACACUUAAAUCACAAUUUGUGAUUGCGAAUAUCUUAGAAGCGCAAGGCAAAACAUGGGAAAGUCUUGAGGAGCGUGGAUUUGAUGUGAUACACUGCAGUGCCGUCUUCCACCUCUUCACCCUAGACAAGCAGAUAAUAGCAGCAAAGCACAUUGCAAGAUUAGUCAAAAAGGGAGGGAUAAUCAUAGGCAGGCAGAUGGGAAGUGUUAAACCUGGUGAUUUCCCUGCGCUUACAAAAGGGACCUUCUGUUAUAGGCAUGACGUAAGUACGUUUGAUGCGAUGUGGAAAAAGGUAGGCGAAGCCACGCAAACGCGAUGGAAUGUCGAGGGGAUUGUGGAUAUGGUUAAUAUCAGUCCUAACAAUUACCUCGAAGGGGAGGAUAGUCGCCGUCUACUCUUUACUGUUACUAGAAUAGAGUAG